CUCUGGGGGUCUCCAGAGGUGGGUCCCAGACCCCUUUAAGGGGCAAGCGCGGUGCGGAAGGGGCGGAGAGCUCAGGGGUGGGGGACCCCUCUGGAAGAAGGGCCUCGGGUCUUUGAAAGGUUUCUCCAGGUGCGCCUCCAGAGACUGGUGAUCACCCAGAAGGCUAGGGGCAGAAGAGUUGCAGCCCACAGCCCCAGCCCCAAAGCUGGGCAGCCGUCGGGUCAGGACCCACACUCCCUCACUCCCUCCCGGUUGGCUGCUCCAUAGGGCGCCGCAAGAUGAAUCCCCAAAGCGCCCUUUUCCCGCCCGUCUCUCUGCCCUCCCUUCCCACCUUGGCCCACCCGGAUCUACCAGCACGCUCUAGCCCGUGGAGUCCUCUGGCCGCGACCUUGAGCCCCGACGGAAAACACCCCUGUUCUCUCCUGGCACCCUUCCCCCUCUCCAGGACUAACCCCUGCUUUUACCCAUCCGGGGAAAUACAGUCUCCGUGUCCCCCACCCUCCCAGCUCUCAGAGGGAGUGUUGGGCACAAUGACUUGGCCCAAUAUCCUGCGCCCCUCUCCCUUCCCCUUAAGUACAUAAGGCUUCUCCUCGCCCCGGGGACAGAUCUGAGGCCAUAGCUUUCCUAAAGUGAUGGCUUAAUAAUGGAAAACCUACCCCCACGAGCCACCCCGCGGGCGCCCAGAGCACCCCUUCCCGUCUUGUCCCCAGCAGGGGAAGGGGCUCGAGGACCCGCGGAAGCACAUGCCCACGCCCAGAGACUACAGGAACUGCGUGCCUGGGGUUGAUGGGAGGGCGGGGCAUCGGAGAGCCUUGGCCCUUGCGACCUGGACCCAGACUUGGAGGAGACGCGAGAUGGGCCAAGGCCCCUGCCCACCUGUAUCCAACUGGAGUCAGCAUGGCCAACUUCACACCUGUCAAUGGCAGCUCAGUCAAUCAGUCUGUGCGCCUGGUCACGGCUACCCACAACCACCUGGAGACAGUGGAGAUGGUGUUCAUUGCCACGGUGACAGGCUCCUUGAGCCUGGUGACUGUUGUGGGGAACAUCCUGGUGAUGCUGUCCAUCAAGGUCAACAGGCAGCUGCAGACAGUCAACAACUACUUCCUGUUCAGCCUGGCGUGUGCCGACCUCAUCAUAGGUGCGUUCUCCAUGAACCUCUACACCGUGUAUAUCAUCAAGGGCUACUGGCCCCUGGGCGCGGUGGUCUGUGACCUGUGGCUGGCUCUGGACUACGUCGUGAGCAACGCCUCUGUCAUGAACCUUCUCAUCAUCAGCUUUGACCGCUACUUCUGCGUCACCAAACCCCUCACCUACCCCGCCCGCCGCACUACUAAGAUGGCAGGCCUCAUGAUUGCAGCUGCCUGGGUCCUGUCCUUUGUGCUCUGGGCCCCUGCCAUCUUGUUCUGGCAGUUUGUGGUGGGCAAGAGGACAGUGCCUGAUAACCAGUGUUUCAUCCAGUUCUUGUCCAACCCGGCAGUGACCUUUGGCACCGCCAUUGCUGCCUUCUACCUUCCCGUGGUCAUCAUGACGGUGCUGUAUAUUCACAUCUCACUGGCCAGCCGCAGUCGAGUCCACAAGCAUCGACCUGAGGGCCCCAAGGAGAAGAAGGCCAAGACUCUGGCUUUCCUCAAGAGCCCCCUGAUGAAGCCGAGUAUCAAGAAACCUCCGCCAGGGGGCGCUUCUCGAGAGGAACUGCGCAACGGGAAGCUAGAAGAGGCCCCCCCGCCAGCCCUGCCCCCGCCUCCGCGCCCAGUGGCCGACAAGGACACUUCCAAUGAGUCUAGCUCGGGCAGUGCCACCCAGAACACCAAGGAACGGCCACCCACAGAGCUGUCCACCACAGAGGCCACCACACCAGCCCUGCCCGCCCCUACCCUGCAGCCACGAUCCCUCAACCCAGCUUCCAAAUGGUCCAAGAUUCAGAUUGUAACAAAGCAGACGGGCAAUGAGUGCGUGACAGCCAUCGAGAUUGUACCCGCCACGCCAGCCGGCAUGCGCCCAGCAGCCAAUGUGGCCCGAAAGUUCGCCAGCAUCGCUCGUAAUCAGGUGCGCAAGAAGCGGCAGAUGGCGGCCCGUGAGCGCAAAGUGACUCGGACCAUCUUUGCCAUCCUGCUGGCCUUCAUCCUCACCUGGACACCCUACAAUGUCAUGGUCCUGGUGAACACCUUUUGCCAGAGCUGUAUCCCCGAGAGGGUGUGGUCCAUCGGCUACUGGCUCUGCUACGUCAACAGCACCAUCAACCCUGCCUGCUAUGCGCUCUGCAAUGCCACUUUCAAAAAGACCUUCCGGCACCUCCUGCUGUGCCAGUAUCGGAACAUCGGCACAGCCAGGUAGACAGGCAGGUGCCCUAGGAGGUGCUGGUGUCAUGAGUGUGUACCGGGGAACCACAUGGGCUCACCGGCUGUGGAGGAGAGAGUAGGCGGCCCGAUUCUGAGUUCGCAUCUGCUAAAGAGAACAGGUCUCUUAGACAGUGACGCACCAGAGGCUCUUCGCUGGGUCUGGAGAGCAGAUCUCUACUGAAGCCCAGGAGGCUUAGCCCAGGGAGGGUCUGAACUGGCACCACCUGGCCCCUACCUGUCACCCUGCCUCAGGAAGACGGGGAACAACGGCUGGAGUGGGCAGCUGCCCUGUCAAGGCCAACUGUCAGCAGAGGUGGAAGGAGGGACAGGAGAGCAGAGGCCAGGAGCAUCUCGAGAGGAGCAGAGGAGCCAGGCUUGGAAGGGUGGGGUGCCCCGCUCUGCUGUAAUCGGUGCUUUCCGCCUCCCUGCACCCCCCCUCCCCCGCAUGUAGGCUCAGCCUUUUCCUUGCACCCAAGUCCCACUCCGGGGUGAGAGAUUUUCCUGCCAUCGUUGCUCAGCCAGGCUCUGGGUGGGGGAAAGCCAGCCUGAGGUGCCCUGUCACUUCUGUCCCUUCCCUGCCCAGCAGUCACAUAUGGAUGGGGCAACUGGGAAGCCAGGGGACCAAGACUGAGUCAAAUAGUGGUGGGUCUUGCUAUCAAGAGCACCCCACCCCCUCCGCCCCAGGUCACACAUCCAAUGAAGGGCAGUAUUCCCUCUGCCUCUGCGCGAGGGAAGGAGGGGCCCAAGGGAAAGAAGGGGCGGCAGCGGGGGCCUUGGUCCAUACAGGCUUCAUUGGCAGGUGAGGCAAGCAAGCACCCUUGUCUCUCCCCAGAGAGAACUUUCCAAACUGGCAAGAGCCUGGACCAAGACUCUUGGCUAGGUGAGGGAGGCAGAGUUCAAGCGAGUUAUCUGGGUUCUCUUCCCUGACCCCAGCCCUGUGGUUCCUGGGAGAGAUGGUACCCAGGGGCUCCGGAAGACAUUUUCAUAAAGGUCCUACUCUUUCCCUGAGCGGUUGGGAGCACUUCCUAGCUACCCUCAACUCCCAUCGGCCCAUCUGUCCCCAACCCCCCACCCCCAACAAAGCUCCAUGGC